AUAACAAGAUUGUCUUGCGCCAUCUUCAAUAUAAAAGAAAAGAAAAUAGUUAGAAAAACACAUUUGAUUUUAUAAAGCCAAGUAUUUCGUUCAAAAUGAAUUUCAUGUUGGUUGGAAUUUUGUUUUGCGCUGUGAUUGUGACAUCUCAGGCAUUGGUUUGUCGUCCCGAAACAUGUUCUAAGAUAGUGUGUGAAGACUUGGAAGGCUGUGAAGGUAGAAAUGGUGUGGUAAAAGAGAAAGGUGGAUUUUGUGGAUGCUGUGAUUUAUGUGUUGUUCAACUAAGAGAAGGAGAACCUUGUCCGCUUCCUCUUCUUGGAGUUCCACCUCGAUCAGAAUGCGCAGAAGGACUUCAAUGCAACAGUCACACUGGAACCUGUCAAAGAUAUUAAAGAAAUAAAUAAUUAAAAUUAUAAAAGAA